AUGGGUUGUGUUGGUGCUGUAAUGUCAUCAUAUACACAGGAAGAACUUGAUGCUGAACUUGCAGCUUUUGUACCUCGAUUACCCGUAGCCGUACUUAUGAGUGGUGGUAUUAUCAAACUUAAAGGUGUAAAUGGAUUUUUCAAUCCGAAUUCUCUUCUCGAUCCAAGUUGGUUAAAAGGUAAAAUGACAGCAGAAGAAUUUUAUCAAGCGAUCGAUUUAAUUAACAAACGCACGGCUUAUACUCAACUUGGUAUGAGUAGAGUUUUUUUCGCAACUGAAAAACCAUAUCGUGAUCAACUACGAACUCAAGCAGGUAUGGCUGCAGUACAAGAAAUCAAUCAACGAAAUCCAUCUGUUCGUUUCACGUAUCACGAAACAGUCGAAAAUAUGCAAAUAAGUUUAGCAUGGAGUAACGAUCCGGCUGUGCGCCUUGGAACAAGAAACCAAGCUCACGUUGGUAAUGCUACAGUAACUGUACUUUAUAUUUGUGUGAAUUGA